AACAUUUUCAUAAAGCCCCCCCACCCAAGCUGGUUUACAUUACGUCUUGUUACUAGGACGGAUACUGGGUACCCCGCACACUAUAAGGCGCAUCAUUAUUGAAGGAUUUCUGCGCUAAACGUCUUCCAAUGGUGCAAUUCUUGCACAAGUAUUUGACUUCAAGAGGAAUUAUGUUAAUUAGGUAACAGCAGGAAACAAAGGACCACAUUCCUUCUCCCCUGUCCCCUAGCCCCUUUAAACCUUGUGAACCCACUGCUGAAAAAUGGGUCAAAAGAUCUCAGGGAGUAUAAAGUCUGUGGAUGUACGGGAUCCCCCUUACAGACCAGUCAAGCGUGAACUUAGAGGACCUGACUUUUGCAAGCCUGCUCGGCUUGAUAUGCUUUUGGAUAUGCCUCCUGUCUCUUUGGAAGUUCAGCACAAACACGCAUGGAACAAUGAGGACCGAUCUCUGAAUAUCUUUGUGAAAGAGGACGACCGAUUAACGUUCCAUCGACACCCAGUUGCACAAAGCACAGACUGCAUCCGUGGCAAAGUUGGCUACACAAGAGGCCUUCAUGUUUGGCAGAUCCAUUGGCCUACGAGGCAAAGAGGAACACAUGCUGUUGUUGGAGUAUCAACUGCAGAUGCUCCGUUACACUCAGUGGGAUAUACAUCACUGGUUGGAAGCAAUAGUGAGUCUUGGGGCUGGGACCUAGGACGGAACAAACUUUAUUACAACUGUAAGAAUCAACCUGGUGUUACAUAUCCAGCCUUUUUAGAACCUGAUGAAUCGUUUGUACUCCCAGACUCUUUGCUUGUAGUUUUAGACAUGGAUGAGGGAACACUCAGCUUUAUAGUGGAUGGACAAUACUUAGGAGUUGCCUUCAGAGGACUUAAAGGGAAGAAACUGUAUCCUAUUGUCAGUGCUGUAUGGGGUCACUGUGAAAUCACAAUGCGCUACAUCAAUGGACUUGAUCCUGAGCCAUUGCCUUUAAUGGACCUAUGUCGAAGAUCGGUUCGCUUUGCUAUCGGAAGAGAACGUUUGCACCAAAUUGAGUCUUUACCUUUGCCUCAAUCGUUGAAGAACUAUUUACAAUACCAGUGACUUGUUCCACUUCCAAUAAGCCUCAGCGGAGAACAUUGAAAGGAAAAGGAAAUAA